UGUACACUAGGAGCGCGAGCAGCGCACGUGGAUUGCAAACUUUGCUCAGCUUUUAUUAUUUCAGAUAAUUAAAAGUUGAUAAAUGCUUUGUUUGUUGCGCAGUUGUUGACAAUUUAUUUCCGUACUUAUGAUGAUCAGGGAAAUGUACUGUAUUAUUAUUAAGAAACAUGUGAGAAAGUUUGGGCUUGCGUUCAGUUAAUUGGUAGAUUAAGAAUGUGCGCGCUGUUUCAGUAGCUAUCCAAGAGUCACUACACUUCAUUAUGGCGGUGGACAAAGGUCCAAUUCUGACUUCUGCUAUAAUUUUCUACCUGUCCAUUGGGGCAGCAAUAUUUCAAGUUCUGGAGGAACCGAACUGGGAGAUCGCAGUGAAGCAUUAUAAAUCGGAGAAGGACAAAAUAUUGAAACAAUACCCAUGUCUUACAAAAGCUGACCUGGACCACAUCUUCGAGGUAGUGUCUGAUGCUGCUGGACAAGGUGUCACCAUCACAGGGGACAAAACCUUUAACAACUGGAAUUGGCCCAAUGCUGUCAUAUUUGCAGCUACAGUUAUCACAACUAUAGGAUAUGGAAAUAUCGCCCCUAAAACACCUUCAGGGAGAGUUUUUUGUAUUUUUUAUGGUCUUUUUGGAGUGCCACUCUGUUUAACCUGGAUUAGUGAACUUGGGAAGUUUUUUGGGGGGCGAGCUAAAAAUCUUGGGCUAUAUCUUACAAAGAAAGGAAUAACACUGCAGAAAACACAAUUCACAUGCACUGCAAUCUUUCUGUUGUGGGGCUUGCUGGUCCAUUUGGUAUUUCCUCCAUUUGUUUUUAUGUCUCAAGAAGGUUGGACCUACAUUGAGGGCUUGUAUUUUUCUUUUGUAACUUUGACAACUAUUGGUUUUGGUGAUCUUGUAGCAGGGGGCGGGACUAUCAAUCAAAAGCUGCACAAGCUGUCUAGUAUUGACAAUCGUAUAUCAUGUGCUUUUAGACAGCGGCUAUCCGGACUGUGCACUGUCCAGGUUCUGGAGUGUCAGGUGUCAGGAGCGCUCCUCUCUGUCCCCCUUUCACCCCUCCCUUCUCGCCCCCACUGA